CACCACCUGUCGACACCACCAGACUUACCCCGACAACACCGACAACAACAAUGAGCGGACGCGGCGGAUUCUCCCGAGGCGGCGGCGACCGCGGCGGUCGUGGUGGUGGACGCGGUGGCUUUGGCGGCCGUGGCGGUGGCCGUGGCGGCGGACGCGGUGGCUUCACCCAGUCGUACGGCCCUCCCGACACUGUUCUCGAGAUCGGCUCCUUCAUCCACCCCGUCGAGUCCGAGAUGCUCUGCUCGCUCACCGAGCCCACCAAGAUUCCCUACUUCAACGCGCCCAUCUACCUCAACAACAAGACACAGAUUGGCAAGAUUGACGAGAUCCUCGGCCCCAUCAACGAGGUCUACUUCACCGUCAAGAUGGAGCAGGGCAUGCUCGCGUCCAGCUUCAAGAAGGACGACAAAGUCUACAUUGGCGGCGACAAGCUGCUCCCAUUAGAGCGAUUCCUCCCCAAGCCCAAGGCGCCCGCUGGCCCCAAGGUCAAGCGCGGACGCGGUGGUGCCUCGGGCGGCCGUGGUGCUCCCCGCGGACGUGGUGGCUUCGGUGGCCGCGGCGGCGGUGGUGGCCGUGGUGGUGGAUUCUCGCGCGGCGGCGGUGGCGGUGGCCGCGGCGGCGGUUUCUCGCGCGGUGGCGGCGGUGGUGGCCGUGGUGGGUUCAGCAGCCGUGGCCGCGGUGGCUACUAGAGUCGUGCGUGUCGUCUUGUAGUAGAACAUGUAUCAGGUAUACCCAGGAA